GUCGCGGCCGACUUCGACGUCGACUCACGCCUUCCUUCCUCCCACAAUGGCCCCCAAGCAAUUCCGCAUUGUCGUGCUCCCGGGUGACGGUAUCGGCCCCGAAGUCACGGAGCAGGCCGUCAAGGUCCUCCAGGCUGUUGCCAAUGCAUCCUCCAGCUUUGACUUGAUGCUCGAGACGCACCUCUUCGGAGGAUGUGCAAUCGACGCUGAGGGCGAUCCCCUCCCCGCGAAGACGCUCGAGGCUUGCCAGUCCGCCGAUGCUAUCCUGAUGGGCUCCAUCGGUGGCCCCAAAUGGGGCGUCGACGCCAAAGUGCGCCCUGAACCCGGCCUACUCAAGCUCCGCAAGGAGCUCGGCCUCUACGCCAACAUCCGCCCCGCCAACUUCGCCUCCGACGCCCUCCUCGCCCACUCCCCCCUGCGCCCCGAGGUCGUCCAGGGCGUCGACCUCAUCGUCGUCCGCGAGCUCAUCGGCGGCGCGUACUUCGGCAAGCGCAAGGAGCAGGGUGUCGAGCCCGAGCCCGAUGUCGCAUGGGACACCACUCCUUAUAGUGUAGCGGAGGUGCAGCGCAUCACGCGCGUGGCGGCGAAGAUCGCGCUUACAGCGAACCCGCCGCUGGCGAUCCACAGCAUCGACAAGGCGAAUGUGCUCGCGAGCAGCCGGCUGUGGCGCAAGGUCGUCACUGAGACGAUCAAGGCGGAGUUCCCGCAGUUGGAGCUGGACCAUCAUCUGGUGGACUCGGCAGCGAUGUUGAUUGUGGGCAACCCGCGGAAGCUGAACGGUGUUGUGCUCACGGAGAAUCUGUUUGGUGACAUUUUGUCCGACGAAUCCAGUGUUAUUCCUGGAUCCCUCGGGCUCUUGCCAUCCGCUUCUUUGGCAGGUCCACCAACGCUGCCAACAGGGGACGACUUCAAGCCGACCUCCGGCCUCUACGAGCCCAUCCACGGCUCCGCCCCCGACAUCGCUGGCCAGGGCAUCGCCAACCCCGUUGGCACCAUCCUGAGUGCAGCUAUGCUCUUGAGAUACUCCCUCGGCCUCAACACCGCCGCGCAAGCAGUCGAGAGCGCGGUGCGCAAGGUGCUCGACAACGGGCUCCGCACCGCGGACCUCAAGGGCUCGACAAAGACGAGCGAGUUUGGCGACGCGGUCGUGGCAGCGUUGAAGGGAUUUUUGUAGACGGUGAAGGGGUCUUCAUAGGCGCUUCUGUAAGCCACCGAGCUGAAGCAAAUUCUCCGACCUGCGAAAACAAAUGAAAUGUAUUCUAGCAUCCUUCGAUCCCUCUUGCGUCCAGGCAGCGCCCGUCUAAUG